UCACGGGGACAUCUGUCCAAGGAACAUCCUCGUAACAGCAGCGAUGAGAGCCAAACUUGGUGAUCUAGGAGCCGCUCGAUUCCGGGAUGCUUCACUGUCAGUCGGUCUGGUCAGUCCACAAUACACAGCACCAGAGAGACUCGACGUUCCAGCUCAACCGAAAAGCACAAAGACCGACAUGUACAGCAUGGCAGUGACCAUAUGCGAGCUCUUCACCUUCGUUCCUCCUGAUCGUGAGCAAAGAAAAGAUCAAGUCUUACUCAUCCGUCAGAGAGACGUCCGUUCGUUGUGUAAGCACUUGAUGAGUGAUGAUCCUGCCACGCGACCGACAGCAGCAGAAGCUCGCGAUGUUGUCAGUCAAAUUUGUGAGACGGACGAGUAUACAGCAUGUUCUCCUAGACGAAUGGUAAUCGGUAAGAUGGACGGAAUCAGUGAAGUUGCUCUCGUUCAGCCACAUCUGGUCAAGCCCACGUGUCUUUGAAUUUUGUAUUUUAUACUUGAUAAUGUGUAUACAUGCUGGAGUGUGUAUUGACGUAUGAAUAGCAACAGACUUAGUCAUGAUUGGUGGAUUUGUAUUUUGCUGGUCAGCCAACUAGCGUUUUUAAUAAAACAGUUUGACUGUCUAUUACGUGUAAGACAGACAGACAAACAGACAGACGGACAGACAGACAGACAGACAGACAGACAGACAGACAGACAGACAGAC